AUGUCUACAAGUACAGAAGGACUCAAACAGGAUCUAGCUAACCAUUCCUCGUCUUCUACACCGGCCAGCCAACAGACUGUUUCCACAAUCAAUCUGAAUGGCACAGAAAAAGAAGACAGACUUAAUGAAAAAUCGUCCGAAAAGAAACCUGAUAAACCACCAGCAGAGAACAACGAUGAAUUUAGUCCCCCAGAUGGUGGCUGGGGAUGGGUAGUGAUGAUUGCUUCUAUGGUGUUAAUUCUUCUCACGGAUGGUAUUGCUUUCUCAGUCGGCACCAUUUAUCCAACAAUCAGAGAUGACUUCAAAUCAGAAAGUACAAAAGCUUCUCUUAUUAGUGCUUUGAUCAACGCUUUCAGCCUCUUAACUGGUCCUGUGGCCAGUGUUCUUGCUGAUUCGUAUGGUCAUCGAGUCGUCGUCAUCUCGGGUAGCAUCCUGUCAGGUGUUGCCUUUGUCGCCGCAAGCUUCUCACCCAACAUCGACGUUGCUAUAGUCACUUACGGUUUCUUAGCAGGAACUGGUUUUUCUUUGAUGUACGUGAGCAGUGUCGUUGUGGUUGGACAGUACUUUGAAAGACGUAGAGCCCUUGCCAUUGGUAUUGCAUCUUCCGGUUCCGGUAUAGGAAUCUUCUUAAUCUCAGCCAUUACUGGAGCUUUGCUCAAUGUAAUAUCAUGGCGAACUGUUUCUCUGAUAGAAGCAGCGCUUAUGAUCUUAGGAAUUCUAUCUGGUUUGACACUUCAUCCUCUUCCGAAGUCAAAUGAAGAUAAAGAAAAAAUAUCCAAGAGAAAGUUAUUUAUGAAACGGUUGGACAUAACAUUAUUUAAAAUGCCUGCUUACAAUACAAUUUGUAUGGUUUUUAUUCUUGCAACUAUUGGUUGUAUACUUCCUUAUAUGUACAUACCUGAUGUCGCUCAAGAGCUCAACAUUGAGAGUGAGCGGGCUGCUUUCUUACUUUCAAUAACUGGCAUCACAAACACAGUGUCCAGAAUGUUGUGUGGUUUCGUUGUCUACCGUUUUCCAAUCCUCAGUCCAGUUCUCCUACUUGCAGGCAUCUGUGGUAUUGGAGGAAUAGUAUCUUUUUUCGUCUUUCUUUUCACCACUUACCACAGCCUGGCUAUCUAUGCUGCUAUAGUAGGCUUCGUUUAUGCUGCGGAUGCCGCUUUGACACCCUUGGUAUUGAUAGAAAUUGUCGGUUAUAGUCGGUUGAAUAGUUCCGUUGGAUUCAUGUGUAUGUUCAGAGGAUUUCCUAUCCUAAUUGCCGGACCUAUAGGAGGUGAAUUAACUGACUGCUUUGACUUUCCAAUAUAUAUGUUUCAUAUUCAAGUGAUAUGA